AUGGAUUAUAGAUCAUCUAUGGAAUCAUCAGAAACCCUAAGGAACAAGUGCGCAGCUUGUUAUAGGCAGUUCAACAGGAUGGAACAUUUAGUGGAGCACAUGAAGAUCUCUUAUCACUCCGGUCAUGAGCCUACUUGUGGCGUUUGCAAGAAACAUUGCCGAUCUUUUGAGUCCCUCCGGGAACAUCUCAUAGGACCAUUGCCAAAACAAGAAUGCAAGAACAUUUUUAGCCUUCGCGGAUGCAGAUUCUGCAUGAUGAUCCUCGAAAGCCCGAACGCUCGUAGGAUCCAUCAAGAAAGGUGCCAAUUUUCGAGCGUCAAUGAUGGUUUGGCGACUCGUAUGGCGGCCUUAGGCCUAAGAGAUAAGGCCAUCAUCGACUACACGUCGUCGCGCUCUCCAAAAGUGGUUGCACUCUCUUGCAAGAUGGUAGGAGGAGGAAGCGACGGGUCGUUGGAUAUAUGCGCAAGGGUCUGCAUAACGGAUGAGAGCGACAACGUUGUGUUCCACACGUACGUGAAACCGUCAAUGGUCGUGACGAACUACAGGUACGGGACGACCGGGAUACGUCCGGAGAAUCUAAGGGACGCAAUGCCGUUGAAACAUGCACAAAGAAAGAUUCAAGAAUUUCUUUGUAAUGGAGAACCAAUGUGGAAGAUUCGUCCAAUAGGUGGGAGAGGGAGGAUUCUCGUGGGUCAUGGGCUCGAUCACGAUCUUGACCGCCUUCAACUUGAAUAUCCUUCUUCCAUGCUAAGGGAUACUGCAAAAUACCCUCCGUUGAUGAAAACAAGCAAGCUGAGCAAUUCUCUCAAGUACUUAACCCAAGCCUAUCUCGGAUAUGAUAUUCAUGUUGGGAUACAAGACCCAUACGAAGAUUGUGUAGCGACGAUGAGGCUUUACAAGAGAAUGAGAUAUCAGAAACACAAGAUUGAAGCUUAUCCUUUAGCCGCGGACGCGCAGAACCGUAGCAAUCAGGUGGCUUGGAGGCAGAGCGAGGUGGACAGGAUGUCUCCUGAUGAAAUGCUCUCCAUCUCUCGCUCUGACUACUAUUGCUGGUGCUUGGACUCACUCGCUUAA